AUGGGGCGCCCCGCGCCCCGCGCCCUGCUGCUGGCCGGCGUCCUGCUGCUGGCCGGGCCCCGGGCCAGAGCGCCGCGCCCCCGCGUCACCGCCAACUUCGCCUGCAGAGUCAGGGUGGACAGUGCCCUCCCCAGGCCCCGGUGCCACCAGAGGGAGCAGGAUGGAGCAGGCCUGUCCCCGCCAGCCCUAGCUCUGAGCACCGCCUGGCUGUGCCAGGCCUCCCGCGACUGCCAGCCGUGCGUGCGUGUGCGCCUGGCCCUGCACACUGCAGGGCUGGGCAGUGUCUGUGGGCUGCAGUUGGAUUUCCUGGUGCUGGGCUCCAACACGGCCAGCUGGCUACAGGUCUGGAGGCAGCUCCCGGAGGCUGCAGGCUCCCUGUGGCAGGUGCAGUUUGACUGUUUCCCGGUGGAGAGCGGGCGCCGUGUUCUGGUCUCACUUGGCACCGUCCCUGACCGGGGGCUGAGCCUCAACCAGAGCCACCUGGUCCCUGCAGAGCCGGCAGGCCCCAAGUUCAGCUAUGCCUGGCGCCCGGAGGCACGGGCCAUUGAGGUGUCGGUGCCCGAGGGCCCUGCCCUGACCGUGCGGCUGUGCCACCAGCUGGCCCUGGAGUGCGAGGAGCUGUCCACCCCCUUCCCCCGACAGGCGUCGGUGUCUGGGGGUCACAGCGUUGUGCUGCCCUACGAGUUCCUGGUGCCCUGUCUCUGCAUUGAGGCCUCCUACCGGCACCGCGACAGCCUGCGCACGAAGCUGUGCCCCUUCCAGCCCCAGCCGGAAGCUUAUGGCUCCGAGCUGUGGGCGUCCAUGCAGUUCCGUGACUACAGCGCCAGCAGUGAGGCCAACAUGGUCAUGGUGCUGAGUGCCCGUUGUCCGCUGCACCCGACCGCCACCCUGUGCUGGAAGGAGAGUGACACGGGGGCCUGCCACAGUGUCCCCAACUCCACAGCCAUGGAGUCCAACCAGGCCUACACCGUGGAGAAGGUGGAUGUGCAUCCUCUGCUCUGCUUCAAGUUCUCCUACGGCAACAGCAGCCACGUGGAGUGCCCGCACCGGCCAGACACCGCCUGGAACGUGUCCGCGAGUGUCCGGUUCCUGCAGCUUCUCCUGCGUGUGACCUCCACGGUCCCGGCAUCCUUCAGCGCAGCCCUGUGCCGGCAGCAGGGGAGCCGGUGUGAGCCAGAGGCGCCUGUCUACACCGUCACAAGCCCAGAGAGCUUCGGCCCCAGGGAGCUGACCCUGCUGCUGCCGCUGCAGCUCCUGGGCGGCUGUGUGCUGGUGUGGCGCUCCGACGUGCAGUUUGCCCGGAAGCAGCUCCUGUGCCCAGAUGUUGCUCGCAAGCGCUUUGGGCUGCUCGCCCUGGGGCUGGCACUGGCUCUGGGGCUGCUGGGGACUGUCCUGCUGCUGAACUACAGGAGCCUCCGGAAACUCACCACAGCGCCGCGGGGCCGUCGGCCCGUCCUGCUGAUCUAUUCCCCCGACUCCGAGGAGCACAAGGUUCUGGUCUGCACCUUGGCGGACGUGCUGUGCUCGGCGCUGGGCUGCGACGUGCGGCUGGACCUGUGGGAGGCGGGCAGCGUGGGGCGGCUGGGGGCACUGCCCUGGCUCUAUGUGCAGCGGGAGCUGGUGGCCCGGGAGCAGGGCACCGUGCUGCUCCUGUGGAGUCAGGGCAGCGCCCGGCUCUACCAGCUGUGGCUGGGGGCGGCCGCAGGCAGCAGCGGCUCUCCGGACCCCCACGAUCUGUUCGGCGCAGCCAUGUCCUGUCUGCAGGGCGAGCUGCAGGUGGGCGGGGGGGCAGGGCAGCUGGGCGACUGGGCGCUGGCCUACUUUGGCGAGCUGUGCAGCCGGCGAGAUGUGCCGCCUGCCCUGUGCCUGCUGCCCUGCUACCGCCUGCCGCGGGAGCUGCCUGGCCUGGCCCACUUGCUGCAGGGCAGCGCCCGGCCCCCCGCCUGGCUGCGCCCCAGCACGCUGCUGCACAGGCUGCUCAUGUCGGAGAAGAGAAAGUGCCUGCAAGGCAGGGUGGAGCUGUGCCGGAUGCAGCAGCCCGAGGGGGCGCCCCUGGCCAGGCUGGCAGCCCACCAGGUGGGGUCUGUGGGGCCCAGCCCCCGCGCCCCUCCAGCCAGGCCGACCUCGCAGAGACCCAGCUGCGCCUGA